GCAAGGAUUGAACAUCAACCAACAUUUCGAUACCACUUUAUAAAAGCACCUCUUUUUCAUAUCAUCCAAAAGAGAAAGCUUGGAAACCAUUCACCAAAUUCAAAACUAUAUAGCUCGCUAGCUUCCAUGAUGAAUUCUUUCACCAACAAGGAUAUGAAUUCACAAGGUCAACUCGAAAGGAAGGUGGAAACUGUAGAUUACCAAUCAUCUGCAGGGCAAGGGCAAGAAAAGAGACCGGUGGAGAUCAUCCAUCACCACCCGCUGCCGACUACUCAUAGCAACCAGAAAACCAGCGGCGCAGUCUUGACCAACGCCGCGGCUUCGGUCGUAUCCACCCUUGACUCCGCCAAAGAGGCCAUUUCUAACUCCAAAGCAUAGCAUACCAGUCCUCGGUAGCGGGAGAAAAAGCUCUUUUGAUACAUGUUUUAAAUUAAGUGUACAUUUCUAGUUCCUUUAAUGAUCUAUGAUAAAAAAAAAUCCUUUUAUGAUCUUUAGUAGAAACAAAAAGAGUACUCAAAGUUGAAUUAUUUAUAAUAUCCUUAUAGUUUGAUUCCAUAUAUUUUCUAAAAAGUAUAAGAUUUGAUGGGACAUGAUGUGAAAGGUUACAAUUGUAAAGUAAAAUGUGGCAUUUUACAUUUGAAUUGAAUAAUAAAAGUGACUAUACAACAAUUGAUA